AUUAAAACAACGCAUCAAUCAACGUUGUGCAGGUGGAUUUACCAUUUAGUUGUGCCAGUCGGCGAUAAACGCACGCAUUUAAUGCACGCUCCCACAAUUUUAAAUGUUACAAAUUGGUCGGACUCGUGAUAAGACGGUCGCAUAUUUAAAUGUAUAGUGUUGGGACGAACGAAAUGUGGUCUGUGCAUUUAAUUUGGGUGGUUUUCUUCGUCAAUUUUCACGGCGGAUUCGCCGGAAAACCGCACGUGAUCAUGAUCAUCGCCGACGAUUUGGGGUGGAACGACGUCGGUUUCCACGGCUCAAACCAAAUCCCGACCCCCAACAUAGACGCCCUAGCCUACAACGGCGCAAUCCUGAACCGCUUUUACACCCAACACACCUGCACCCCGUCCAGAUCAGCCCUGAUGACCGGCAACUACCCCAUACGCACGGGCAUGCAGGGUUUCCCCAUCAAAGGCGGCGAAAAUCGUUCCUUGCCCGAGAACAUGCCCACGCUGCCGCAGCGAAUGAAGGAGCUGGGCUACAAGACCCAUCUGGUUGGUAAGUGGCAUCUGGGGCACGGCCACAGGAACAGCACCCCCAACAUGAAGGGUUUCGAUUCGUUCUACGGCUACUGGAACGGGCUCAUCAGCUAUGUGGAUUAUAAGCUGCAAUUUGGAUCAAUUGACGGUGAUCAUGGUGUUGAUUUGCACGAUAAUUUGUCUCCAGCUGAGGACUUCCAAGGGAAAUAUGCGACUCAUUUAUUUACCCAAAAGACUGUUAGUAUUAUUGAACAGCAUCCCGAAAAUGAGCCCUUGUUUUUAAUAUUGUCCCACCUAGCUGGGCAUACUGGUAAUGAAGAGAAUGGCAACUCAUUAACAGCGGCAGACUUAGAUGAAACCAACCGAAAGUUUGCCUACAUAUCUGAUAAAAGACGAAGGAACUACACAGAUAUUGUGUUCGAGCUGGACAAAUCAGUGGGUCAGGUCGUACAGACUCUAUCCGCAAAGAAAAUGCUCCAAAACUCAGUGAUCAUAUACCUGCACGACAACGGGGCACAAACCAGCGGUGGCCUGCACGAAAACUUCGGUUCAAACUGGCCCCUACGAGGCCAAAAGUUCUCGCUUUUCGAAGGAGCAGUGCGGGGCACCUGCGUCGUCUACGCCCCCUCAAUCCCCGAGGGUUACAUAAACAACGAACUGAUGCACAUCACCGACUGGCUGCCCACCUUGUACGCCCUCGGAGGCGGCGACCUGAGCCGCCUGGGACAAAUAGACGGCGUCAACCAGUGGCCCAGCAUCCAAUCCAACGUCCCGUCCAACAGAACAGACGUCCUGGUCAACAUCGACGAAGUCCUGCAGUACUCCAGCUACAUAUCGUACGGGGGACAGUACAAACUGGUCAACGGGUCGUACCCGGGCGGCCAGUACGACGGGUACACCGGCGAAACGGGCCGGGGAUCUGAGGUGCCCGUUUACAAUCCGGAGAACGUCCUGCAAAGCACCACCAACGUACUGAUAAACAAUUUGAAGGCUAAUCGGUUGAAUUCCAGUACUGUUACGAGGAUUCGCAGCCAACUGGACAUAUCUGCGUGCAGGCCGUUCAAUUACAUCACUAAAUGGGACUGUAAGAACCUGUGCCUGUUUGAUUUGUUCAAGGAUCCAUGCGAGACGUCGAACAUUAUCAUGUUUCGCCCGGAUUUGGGGCGGGAGUUGUCCGAAAAUAUGCACUACUACUGGGGGCAACUGGUGCCCCAGGCUUUGAACCCGGUGGAUGAGAAGGCCAACCCCAAGUUGUGUGACGGGCAUUAUUUUAACUGGCUUGAGGAAGAUGGAUGUAAAUCACAUGGUUCUGGUGGAGGUGUCAAGCAGUUUACCAAGUUGACCUUAGGAAUGUAUUUUGUAUUAGCUAGAUUAUUGUAAUUAAGUACUAUUUAUUGCUGGUGGAUUUAUUAUAUAGUACCUGUCUA